UCAAUUUGUACCAUACAUUUGAAUUAUAACACUAUUAUCUUAUCGAAAUAAAAUAAUCUUAUCAAACGUUUUAUGAAUACAACGAAAAAUUAUUGAAAGUAUAUUAAAUAUAAAUUCAAUAAUAUAAAUUGAUGUAUAAAAUUUGAAAAUGUAUGAUGUUUUACGUACUAACCAUUAUUUUACACAAGGAAAGAUAUAAUAUCACAAUCAUGUUGAGUUUAACAAGAUAUUGUACUUCAACAAUAAUGAGAAACAGCAUAAUAAAGUUUCUUCCAGUUAAAAAAAAUUUAUAUACAUAUACUCCAAAAUCAGUAAUUACAACUCUUACAUUAGUGAAAAGGAAUUCCAUUUUGCAUAAAGAUUUAUUUAAAGGAUAUAAUAUCAUUGCAAAAGGAUUUUCAUCAAAAUCAAGUCAGAAAUCAGAUAAAGUUUUGGGCAAAUGGUUAUUAAGUUGUAGUGGCAUGAUUUUUGUAGCUGUUAUUUUAGGAGGUGUAACAAGACUUACAGAAUCUGGUUUAUCCAUGGUUACUUGGAAAUUACUUGGAGAAAAAAUGCCAAUUACUGAAAGUCAAUGGCAUGCAGAAUUUGAACGUUAUAAACAAUUUCCUGAAUAUAAAAUUAAUAAUCAAAAUAUGACAUUGGAAGAAUUUAAACGAAUUUGGUGGAUGGAAUAUUUGCAUAGAAUGUGGGGACGUUUGAUAGGUGCUGUUUUCAUAGUUCCAGCUACUUAUUUUUGGGCAAAAGGUAUGCUUAAACCAAGCAUGAAAAUCAGAAUAACCAUUUUGGGUUCAUUAAUUGGUUUACAAGGACUUAUGGGUUGGUAUAUGGUUAAAUCGGGUUUAGAAGAUCGUUUCGUGGAACCCUCAGACGUACCCCGCGUCUCGCAAUAUCGUUUGGCUGCGCAUUUGGGAAUAGCAUUUCUAUUAUAUACAGGAUUUUUAUAUAAUGCUUUAAAUUACUUGGUUCCUGCUCAAAAAUUAACUCUUAAUAAUUCAAAUGUUAAUAUUAGUGAUUUGAAAUCAAAACUGAAGAAAUUUAGAAUGUUGGUUCAUUUAACGAAAGGACUAGUCUUCUUUACUGCUUUGUCCGGAGCUUUCGUUGCAGGAAUGGAUGCAGGUCUUAUUUAUAAUACAUUUCCAAAAAUGGCAAAUAAAUGGAUACCAGACGAUAUAUUUGCGAUAUCACCUAUAUGGAAAAAUUUUACCGAAAAUCCAACUACAAUACAAUUCGAUCAUCGAAUUCUGGGUAUUACAACUUUAUCAUUAAUAACUUAUAUUGCAAUUGCGUCUCGUAAAUAUAAACUUCCGGGUAAUGCAAAAAAAGCUGCAAUAGCAGUUCUUUGUUCUGGCUAUUUACAAGUGCUAUUAGGUAUUUCAACGUUGUUGCAUCAUGUACCUUUAUCAAUAGCUGCAUCUCAUCAAUCUGGCAGUCUUAUUGUUUUGAGUACAAUGAUAUGGUUAUGUCAUGAAUUAAAAUAUUUAAAAUAUGUAUUAAAAUAAAUUUAUAAAAUAUCCUGUA